AUGUACUCUGUGGUAGAGACAUCACAGAUUAGAGAACCACACUACGCUUACAACCAAACCGUAAAUGUGUUGUGGGGGAAAGGAAAAGAUGUGAAGUAUUUCCCAGCCAAACUUAUAUUAUAUGGUACGUAGGCUUAUCAUGCAUGUGCACUUGCAAAAAUUUAUGUUACUACACGUUUUACUGUUGUAUGACUGUUGAAAUAAGAGCCUUUUGGAAAUAGAUUUCCAUCAAUUUAGAGAAUCAAACAUCCAUACAACGAGGUAGCUCCAACGAGCCAUUGAUUUUUUAUAAGAAAGACAAAGGAAAGUUGGAUGAGCCAUUUUAUUAUUGUCCAUUGGAUUUUGUAUUUGCAUUUGUCUUUCUCCUUGGAAAUAACAUGGAACAUAUUACUUAUUCUCAUUGUCAGGGAGCAAGGAUGAUUGUGAGAAGGAAGUACUAGAACUCUUCUUCACAAGUGAGAGUACAUCUACUCCAAGAAGUUCAAGCAGUGAAGGCACAUGAUAAGAUCAUUAUUAUGACCAGCUGAAUGGAAUGAAACAAAAUAUUAACUGAGUCAUUCAUUGUUUAAGGAGGUUACAAUAUCAAUGGAAAUUAACUGUAAGCCCUUUCAUGUACUUCAUGCAGGUUUGGUGAAAGGAAAGAGGAAAAAUGUAGGAAUAGGAAAGGAAGUAGCAGCAAAAAAAACUAAAGGUAUUUAAUUUGCAUCAAGUCUUAUACAAUUACCCCAUGAUAAAUUUUAGAUUACUGCAAAGGUAACACAGAUGGAAAUUUUAAAGGUAUCACCAAUAUCUCUUAACCCAUGCCAGUUUCCAAUUUUUCUUGAGAGAGAAGUUUUGUGCUGAUAUGCAUUAAUUCCAAAGUCACUUUCCUAAAGACAAGUGCUUAAUUAACAUUAAGUUUUCAGCCCUAGGGAGAGCCUUUUGUAAAAGAGGAGUAAGAAGCAGUGUUUUUUACUUAAAUAUAACACAGAUCAAUGUCUCCUCCGUGCAAUUUUAAAUGCAGCAGAACACUUGUCUAGCUUGCCUUCGUUUUUGCAACUUUUGAAUACAACAUGAAAUAACUGGCAAAAUGGCUUAUUAUGAGGGAAAUUAGUGGUCAAGAACAUGCAGACUCAUGACUUAUAGGGAGAGGGAGGGCAUGCAAUUUCAGUUAUUCAACAAUCACGGGAUUUUAAUUCAAUGAGCUUUGCAUGGAAAAGAAAUAAAGAGUCUUGUCUCAUCAAUGAAGGUAUUGGAAGUACAUUAAGCGAAGAAAAAGAAAAUCUGGAAAGGGCAGUUUCGGCAAAUCACCAGUUUGAAUCUCUUCAAAGGUAAAUAGAAUUUCUUCAGCUUAGAGUCAUUUCCAUAGACAUACAGUUGUAUGGCCUAUUUUAACAGAUUACCAGAUUUUGCUCCAAAUGCCAGGCCAUUAGAAGAGGAUUAUACCCUGAGCAGGACUACUACUGACAUGAUUUAGCGAGAAGAGAUUGGACUUAGAGCAAUUUUUAUAUACUAAAAAAGAAUGAUAGCCUUUUAGAGUGUUUAUCAGAAGGCUGAUCAUCAGCUGAAUUUAUUUGCUUUUUUGCAGGUCUCAUGCAACUUUAAAUACAUAUGAAGCUAGACCCUCUGUUGAUGUAAGGUUUAAAAUCUGUGCCAUCCCAUUACAAAGUAGCAAAUGAAAAUUGCGAUUGCAGGGAACUCUUCAGCUUAUCAUUUUGUGGCUUACAAACCUCACUCACUCACCCUGUUUUUGCUGGCUGUGCUAUUGAGCACUAUUUCAAUUUUUUUUUUUCAACCUUGAUUUUAUGUUAUUGGAGAAGUUGUUUAGUUUGUUGUGCAAGCCAGGAAUUAUGUCUCUCACUUUAUACAAACAAAAUUUGUGUCAAGUCAUCAUUAGCACUAGAGAUUUAUAAGCUGGCAGCAUUCAUAAUAUUGCAACAGUCCUCAGGAAAAGAGCAAUCCCUUUUUGCUGUGGGAAAUGUCUUAACUGCAAUUAGUUAUAGCUUCUGACAAGCAACUACCAGUAUCAGCCUGCACUUCCAAAAAAAAGUCAGACGCAGUUUACUAGGAACACAAACUUGAAACCUAAAUGAACAGUGAUAAUUUAGUUACUUACGGGUAUUUGGUAUACCUAUAAUUCCAGGAUUUAUCUGAAGUAAUCACAAGGCUGGAUGCCAUGGAGAGCAAGCUUGAUCUAUUAAUUAAACAGAGUUAGGGUAAAAAAUACCCUGAAGCUGUAACAAAUUCCCCUACUCCAAUUUCCAAAAAAGAGAUAAGCCUUAGCUGAAUAGAAGAGGCAAACUGCAGACAAAUAUAAAAUGCUUAAGUCUAACAUCCAAUUAUUGAACACUUUUCCAGGAAGCUUACCCCAGCAAGGUUAAAUUUGUGUUCCCCUUUUGAAAAAUAAAUUACAAGAUCAAGUGGAUAUUGGACUUGUAUCAAGAGAGCACUCUUAAUUACACGAACUGUUCUAUUUGAGUCUAUACAUGUGUGUUACCAAAUGCUCAACAGGCAUAUACCUGACACAAGAAUAGUUAAGGGUAUAGCCAUACAAAAUGCUUUUUCUUGUACUUCUAAGCAGUAGUAAUUCCUUUGCAGAGUGUUGAGUCCAUUGGGGUGGACAGCGAUGAAGAAGAUUCUGACUUAGUAAUCUUUAUUGUUUGACAUUUUGUUUCGUGAGUUGACAGCCAAUAAAUUUUGUCUCUUCUUUUGCCCAAUACUGCCUACAAUUAAAAACAAUCCUUUGGUUGUACCUCCCCAAUCCAGGUCUAUAAUGGAGUUCAGCUUUUAUCUCUUAAGACACCCCCAAAGGAGCCAACACGGUAUGCUACCAGGUUGGCUGGGGUAGUGUUUACAAAGGAGGAAAUGUUGGCUGGGAUGGUUCCCCCUUUGAAUGACAAAUAUGAGAGGACACCACUUGAUCCCGAAAGGAUUUCAAUUAUUUAG